AUGGUUUUCCCUAUUAUCCCUCUGUACUCUCAAAAUCCAACUGGUUUUAUCAGUGAAAGACCUUACUUGACGCUUACUGGCCAAGCGCUUUUGAAAGCUAGUCAAUUGGGCAAAGAUACCAUUAAACAAUUUGUUUCAGAAUUUGGUUCCACUUUGAAUUUGGUUUCAGUUUUGGUGGAGACAUCUGAAUUAUUUAAUGAUGACGAUAUUGUGGAAUUGUUAAACAACGGAGUUACUACUCUUUUCUUGCAAGACGCCAAAUAUGCUAGUCGUUUAGUGGAAGAAGUUGGUGUUCCUGCUGAAAGAUUAGCGUUGCUUGAAGGGUCAGUUUACAAGAAUCAAUUUGGUGUAAAGAAUGAUUUCAAACUUGAAGAUAUUGUUCCUGUGGAAAAAUUAGAUUCCAAGAUUUUGACCCAGGCAAUUUUAUCCUCCGUAAGAACAGAUCGUACCGAUGGUCUCUACACUACACUUGUUGUGGAUACUUUUGAACGUUGUUUGGGUUUGGUGUAUUCCUCCAAGGAGUCUAUUGAACAAGCGGUGGAGAGACAAGUCGGUGUCUAUUACUCACGUUCUCGUAAGGAAAUUUGGGUUAAAGGUCUCACUUCUGGUAACACACAAAAACUGGUUUCCAUUCAAUUGGAUUGUGAUGCUGACGCUUUGAAAUUUGUCGUGGUACAAGAAGGUCGUAACUCAAGUUUUUGCCACUUGGAGACUGAAUCUUGCUUUGGUCAAUUCAAACAUGGAUUAGCUGGUUUGGAAAAGCUUUUGCAACAGAGAAAACUAAAUGCUCCACAAGGUUCUUAUACCAAUAGAUUGUUUAACGAUCCUGCGCUCUUGACCGCUAAGAUUAAGGAAGAAGCUGAAGAAUUGACAGAGGCAAAGGAUAGAAAUGAAUUGUCUUGGGAGGCUGCAGAUUUGUUCUAUUUUGCAUUGGCUAAAUUGGUUGCUAACGACGUUAGCCUGAAUGAUGUCGAGACCAAUUUGGAUAUGAAGCAUCUAAAAAUUACUAGAAGAAAAGGUGAUGCCAAACCAAAAUUUGUGGAAAAGAAACAAGAAUCAAAACCUGAAGCUGAAUCUCAAUCUGAAGCUCAGCAAGUGGAAACUUUAAGACUGGGAGUUUACCAAUCCGAGGAUAAGAAAUCUGUUGAUGAGGCUUUGAAAAGACCUAUUCAGAGAACUUCUCAAAUCAUGCAUUUGGUUAACCCAAUUAUAGACAACGUCAAGAAAAACGGUGAUAAAGCCAUUGUGGAAUAUGCUGCUAAAUUCGAUGGUGUACAACUGAAAAACUGUGUAAUAGAAGCACCUUUCCCCGAGGACUGUUUUGAAGGUCUAACACCUGAGUUGAAAGAAUCCUUGGAUCUAUCGAUGGAAAACGUUCGUAAAUUCCAUGCCGCACAAUUGGUCGAUACCAUGCAAGUAGAGACUCAACCAGGUGUCGUUUGCUCGAGAUUCGCUCGUCCUAUUGAAAAGGUGGGUCUCUACAUCCCCGGUGGUACAGCUGUGUUGCCAAGUACUGCUUUGAUGCUUGGUGUACCAGCUCAAGUGGCACAAUGUCGUGAAAUCGUGUUUGCAUCUCCACCUCGUAAAUCUGACGGUAAGAUUUCUCCAGAAGUCGCUUACAUCGCUCAGAAAGUGGGAGCUUCUAAGAUCGUUCUUGCAGGUGGUGCACAAGCUAUUGCUGCUAUGGCUUACGGUACCGAAUCAGUGCCUAAGGUGGAUAAGAUUUUGGGUCCUGGUAAUCAAUUUGUUACUGCUGCGAAGAUGUAUGUGCAAAACGACACCCAAGCUCUAUGUUCUAUCGACAUGCCAGCCGGUCCUAGUGAAGUGCUUGUUGUUUGUGAUGAAGAUGCCGAUGUGGAUUUUGUUGCAAGUGAUCUUUUGUCUCAAGCUGAACACGGUAUUGAUUCUCAAGUCAUUUUGAUUGGUGUUCAGUUGAGUGAAAAGAAAGUGGAACAGAUUCAAACUGCAGUCCGUCAACAAACUCUCCAAUUACCUCGUAAGGAUAUCGUUGUCAAAUGUAUUGCACACAGUGCUAUCAUAUUAUGUGGUAGUUACGAUGAAGCAUUUAAGAUUUCUAACCAAUAUGCACCAGAACAUCUGAUCUUACAAAUUAAAGAAGCUGCAAACUAUGUGAAAUUGGUCAACAACGCUGGUAGUGUUUUCGUCGGUGCAUACACGCCAGAAUCCUGUGGUGAUUACUCCAGUGGUACCAAUCACACCUUGCCUACUUACGGUUACGCUAGACAAUACAGUGGUGUUAACACAAGUACUUUCCAAAAAUACGUUACGGCUCAAAGCGUCUCCCCUCAAGGUUUGGACAACAUUGGUCGUGCGGUAAUGUCAGUUGCCAAGGUGGAAGGCCUUGAUGCCCACAGAAACGCUGUCAAGAUUAGAAUGAGUAAACUGGGACUUUUACCAGAGGGAUUCCAGUAA